AACAAAUAAAAACCAGACUCUCGUCCUCUCUUCUCUUUCGUCUCCUCUAUUCGUCUCUUCUUUUGAAUUUUAUUUUAUUUGACUCUUCUGUUUGUAUAAACUCAGUCGUCACAGUAGAGAAGAAGAAGAAGAAGAAUAGUAUUAGCAAGUAUAUAUAUAAUAGUGGGAUGGCUAUGGCUUCUUCCAGAAAUGGCGCUGUUAGAGGAUCCAUGAGACCCUCCUCCGGCUCCAAUCUCAGAUCGUCUUCCUUCAAAUCCAGGAUUCCUUCCUCCGCGCCUGCUCCCCGUCGCAGCUCCACCUCUGCUUCUCUCGGAGACAAUGGAGUGCCUGGGAGAGUUCGAGUCGCUGUUAGAUUACGACCUCGAAAUGCAGAUGAGUCCGUCGCUGAUGCUGAUUUUGCUGAUUGUGUUGAGUUGCAACCUGAGCUUAAAAGGUUGAAACUCAGGAAAAACAAUUGGGAUACAGAAACCUAUGAGUUCGAUGAGGUCCUUACCGAAGCUGCUUCCCAGAAGCGAGUCUAUGAAGUCGUUGCCAAGCCUGUUGUUGAGAGUGUUCUUGAGGGUUACAACGGAACUGUCAUGGCUUAUGGUCAGACCGGUACUGGCAAAACUUUUACCCUUGGAAGGUUAGGAGAUGAAGAUACUGCUGCUCGUGGUAUCAUGGUUCGAUCCAUGGAAGAUAUCAUUGCUGCCACUUCUCUAGACACUGAUUCUGUCUCUGUCUCAUAUUUACAGCUUUAUAUGGAGACCAUCCAAGAUCUCCUUGACCCAUCUAAUGACAACAUUGCUAUUGUCGAAGACCCCAAAACUGGAGAUGUCUCCUUGCCAGGGGCAACCCAUGUAGAAAUUAGGAACCAACAAAAUUUCCUUGAGCUCCUUCAGCUUGGGGAAACACAUAGGGUUGCAGCCAAUACAAAAUUGAAUACUGAAUCUUCUCGAAGUCAUGCAAUUCUCAUGGUACAUGUCAAGAGGUCGGUGGUUGAUAAUGAGGAUCCAGUCUCAAAUGAAAUGGACAACUCUUCUCACUUUGUCAGACCAUCAAAACCAUUGGUUAGGAGAAGCAAGCUAGUUCUAGUUGAUCUUGCUGGUUCUGAACGUGUUCACAAGUCGGGCAGCGAAGGGCACAUGCUGGAGGAAGCUAAAUCCAUUAAUCUUUCACUUAGUGCCUUAGGGAAAUGCAUCAAUGCAAUAGCUGAGAAUAGCCCUCAUGUUCCACUUCGCGAUUCAAAACUUACUCGCUUAUUGAGAGAUUCAUUUGGUGGCACUGCAAGAACAUCCCUAAUUGUGACCAUUGGUCCCUCGCCACGUCAUAGAGGAGAGACAACGAGUACUAUAUUAUUUGGUCAAAGGGCAAUGAAGGUGGAGAAUAUGUUAAAGAUAAAGGAAGAAUUUGAUUACAAGAGUUUAUCCAAGAAACUUGAGGUCCAACUGGAUAAGGUGAUUGCUGAAAAUGAAAGGCAGCUGAAAGCAUUUGAUGAUGAUGUGGAGAGAAUAAAUCGACAAGCACAAAAUCGUAUAUCAGAAGUUGAAAAGAGCUUUGCUGAGGCCUUAGAGAAGGAGAAACUAAAGUGUCAAAUGGAGUAUAUGGAGUCAGUUAAAAAGCUUGAAGAAAAGCUGAUAUCGAGCCAGCGGAACCAUGAGAAUGGUAAACGCAACGGAGAGGUCAAUGGGGUUAUUACAGCUAGUGAAUUCACAAGGUUAAAAGAAUCACUUGAGAACGAAAUAAGGUUAAGGAAGACAGCUGAAGAGGAAGUUAGCAAAGUAAAAAGCCAGUCAACACUGAAGACAAGAUCAGGGGAAGGCGAAGAUGCUGGAAUAUCAAGACUACAAAAACUGCUGGAGGAUGAGGCUCUUCAGAAAAAGAAACUUGAAGAAGAGGUCACUAUAUUACGAAGUCAACUUGUGCAGCUUACUUUUGAAGCUGACCAGAUGAGACGGUGCUUGGACAGAGGUGCCCCAGGAAAUUCAUUUUCUGGCACGGACUCGUUACCCUCACGGCAUUCCCAAGCAAGAGAAUCUGUGAACGGACAGAAGGCACCGUUUGCUACACUAUGCGAGCAAGUGGGACUUCAAAAGAUCUUGCAAUUGCUUGAGUCAGAUGAUGCAAACAUAAGGAUUCAUGCUGUGAAAGUUGUGGCAAAUCUUGCAGCUGAAGAAGCAAAUCAAGAAAAGAUCGUUGAAGCUGGAGGGCUGACAUCAUUGUUAAUGCUUCUCAGAAGCUACGAAGAUGAAACUGUCCGAAGAGUCGCCGCUGGUGCGCUCGCCAAUCUGGCAAUGAACGAAGUGAGUCAACAAUUGAUAGUGGACCAAGGUGGAAUCAGCUUGCUAUCUCUAACAGCUGCAGAUGCAGAGGACCCACAGACUUUACGCAUGGUAGCUGGAGCUAUUGCUAAUCUCUGUGGCAACGACAAACUUCAAGCAAGACUUUGGUCGGAUGGUGGAAUAAAAGCGUUGUUAGGAAUGGUUAGAUGCGGACAUCCAGAUGUUCUUGCUCAGGUGGCUCGUGGAAUUGCGAACUUUGCUAAGUGCGAGUCCCGAGCAACCACUCAAGGUGUGAAGAGUGGAAGAUCACUACUAAUAGAAGAUGGAGCUCUUCCGUGGAUUGUACAACAUGCUAAUGAUGAAGCUGCGCCAAUCAGGCGCCACAUAGAGCUAGCUUUAUGCCAUUUGGCCCAGCAUGAGGUGAAUGCGAAGGAGAUGAUAAGCGGAGGAGCGUUGUGGGAGUUGGUGCGAAUAUCAAAGGAAUGUUCAAGAGAAGACAUUCGAAGUUUGGCUCAUCGUACUCUCUCUUCCAGUCCCGUCUUCCGUUCUGAGAUCCGUCGGCUCGGCAUCCAGUUUUGACUUGUUCUAUGUUUGUAACAUAUAAUUAUCAGCUCUCAAACACACCAUCAUCUGUAUUCUUUCUAUAUAUAUAUUUUAUAUGAUCAUGUUUACACACUUAA